GUUUAACAGUUCCCGUUCUUUGGAAGCCACCGUCGAUUCUCCAAUCUCUUCUUCAAGUUCUCUGCCGAUGGCCGCCUCCGCCGUCGCCAGAUCGAUACUUCGAGCUGCUUCGUCUCGGGGAGCCGCCGCUGGUUCCACUGGCCGCUUCGCGUCUCAAGCGAAAUCAGUUCCGCCGAUGUUUAGAGCCAGCGCUAAAAGAAGCUCACUGCUUUCGCCUCUCCGAAAUCCUGUGGAGAUGAGCUUCUGUGUUGAGUCAAUGUUACCAUACCACACCGCCACAGCUUCUGCUCUAAUGACUUCGAUGCUUUCUAUCUCUGGACAUACCUAUGGCUGGCUCUCUGACGAUGGAUGCCACCCUCAAUUGGUCUAGUUUUUCUCAUGCUGUAGGCUGACUCAAGAAUUUACCAAGACCAAUGAAUGAAGCCAACGAGAUGUGGGCUUUCCUGCGAAUAACAGUUUUUCAUCUUAUAGACUAGAUAAACCCAACAACGUUCGAUUCUCUGCAUUGUGUUUCAAAAAAAAAAAAAAGUAAACAUGUACCCCACAAUCGUGUUAUUUAUUAGUGUCUUCUUGGUUAUUAUUCCAUUUGAGUUGAUUUCGUAGAGAAUUUAAUGAAAGAAUCAUUAAUUGUUGGUCUUAUACUCCCAGCUUGCAUUGAUGAUGUGUGAUGAGUUUGCCAGAAGAUCACUGAAGCUACCAGUUUAUGUACAAACCUCUACCUUUAUUUAGGAACUAGAGCCCUCUUGAUUUUCUCCCCUAUUUUGGCUUGGAGAGAAUGUGUUUCUUUUUACCCUUUUAAGACGUGUUGUAUUUCAUUAGACUGGUAAACUGAUGUUUCGUAUAAUUUUAUCAGCUUGCAAAGAUGACUUUUGAUGAA